CAACUGAUGCCACCACUACUGCUGUAGCUGUUAUAUUGAUUUCCUCACUUACAAAUCCAAUUGUCAGUGCUCCUAGGCAAGCUUGUUGCUGGCUGGUGAUAAGCAUAUUUUUCAACAACACACAAGCUUCCAGUAAAUCUUUCUUUUUAACCAUCAGAGUCUGCAUUCUGCGUAAAAUUCUAAUAGUUCUGCAUAGAUAGGUAUAUAUAUAAAAAAAAAACCAAACUAUUACAUCUAUCUUCAACACAAUAGCCAAUUGAUAAUACAUACACACAUACAUAAAUCUGUCGCUUGCAAAACCUGCUACACAUAAUUCCACCACUAUUAAGAGCAGCCUCAUUGUCGGCAUCAGCAGUAACAACACUCUCUCUUCAUCACAUUUAUUAAUUCACGUUGGUCUUUAGACCACUUAACGGAGAACAACACCAACUACACAGAACACCAUGCACAUGACAGAGACUUUACAAAGCAUGUCUGAUGCUAGUAGCAUCAGUGGUAUGAGUGAAUCUAGUCAACUAGUUGCUGAACCAGCAAAGGAUGAUGGGAAACUUCGAAACAAUAUACCAAUGACAAGCUUCAACUUGAUUAAUUCUAUUAUAGGUUCCGGAGUUAUUGGAGUACCUUAUGCACUGAAACGAGCUGGAAUUGGAUUAGGAAUAAUAAUAAUCUUAGUAGCUGCACUUGCAUCAGAUUACGCCAUUUUGCUUUUAAUUGAUGGUGGAAAACUGUCUGGAGGUUCCACAUAUCAAGAUGUUGUGCAAGCUUCCUUUGGACGUCCUGGAUUCUACAUUCUAACAUUGCUGCAGUUUCUUUUUCCAUUUAUUUCAAUGGUAAGCUACAAUGUUAUUGUAGCAGAUGGUAUAUCAAAAGUAAUUGCUGAACUCACUGGUGCAGAAGGUGUCACAUACAUGGUCCUUGGAAAUCGUCAGUUUGUCAUAGCCUUAUCCAUUCUUCUUUUCACUCUUCCAUUGUCCCUUUACAGAAAUAUUGCAAGGCUCAGUAAGUGGGCAGGUCUGGCAUUGUUAUUAAUAUUCUUUGUUGUCUUAGUCAUCAUUUUUCGUCUUCCUACAAUGACAGCAAAGGUUCCUGCAACACCCUAUGCAUGGUCUUUUGCCAAUGGACAUUUUACAGAUGCUUUAGGAAUCAUAUCAUUUGCUUAUGUCUGCCAUCACAAUACUUUCAUGAUACACACAUCACUUGAGAACCCAACAACAGCAAGAUGGGGAUAUGUAACUCACGCCAGCAUAGCAGCAGCAACAGUUUUUACCUUACUAUUUGGAAUUGUUGGUUAUGUGUCUUUCACAGGUUACACGCAGGGAGAUCUUCUUGAGAAUUAUUGCUACAAUGACAGCCUAGUAAAUGUAGCACGGAUUGUUUAUACAAUCACCAUUAUGCUGACCUUUCCAGUUGAAUGCUUUGUAUGCAGAGAGGUUGUUCAAAAUCUGUUUCUUGGACUGACUGAAGAACUUUGCCUCUGGAAACAUGUGCUACUUACAGCAGUUUUGGUUGGCUUCACUGGAGCUAUUUCAAUGACAACAGAAUGUUUAGGAAUUGUUUUAGCAUUAAAUGGUAUUUUAGCAGCUUGUCCUUUAGCCUAUAUUUUCCCUUCAAUGUGUGUGAUUAAACUUCGUCCAGAGCCCAUACUAUCGCGAGGUAAUACUCUACCUGGUCUAAUUGCAAUUUUUGGAAUACUGAUAUUUGUUGUUGGUUCACUUAUGAUUGUGGUGAACUUCAAAGAUGCUACAAAAUGUAAUCAUGGUGCCCAGUUACCCUACUGUGAAGCCAGCUUCCUUCCUACCACUACUGUGAAUAUGUCCACUACAACUCUAGCAACUACAACAGCGUCACUAUUGAACAUCACUGUAUAAGAUGAGAAACAUUUUCUAAAUCUUUCAAACAUUUGAUUUUGUUUAGUUUGUCAAAUAUCUUUGUUUAGAAACUAUUUUAUUCUAUUUCUCUACUGCUACCAACAGCAAUGUUGUGGCAGGUCUUCUGCGGCAGCACAAAUUCACACCUUACUCAAACAACAAAUAACAACUUAGCUGUUGUAUAAUUAUUUUUAUAUUUUUGUUUAAAUUACAACCUAAAGUUUUCAGAUGUUCAGUGAAAAGUCUAUGGAGUAAUGUGAAAUCAAAAAGCAGAAAUUUAACUUAUUAAACAUAAUAUUGUUUUGAAUUUUAAUAUUUUUUCACUGAAAUUUAUUUAAAAAUUUAAUAGAAUUACUUAGGUACCUCGAAACAAAUUGUUGUGAAAAAUUGUUCAAAACAUUAUUUACCUUUUCAUUUCUUUUGUGUUUUUUUUUUGUUUUUUUUUUCUAUUUUUAAGCUAUGUUUUUAUACAAAUAUAUACUAAAUUACAAACCUUUUUAAACAGCACAUCCAAGACAAAAUUUAAUUUCAAAUGUCUUCAUGCAAAGAAAGUGCAGAAAAUAAUGUGACUGUAGUAGUAUAUAUAUAAUUAAAUUUAGUUAAUCAAGCAGUAGAUCAGUAUGUUAAUUAGAUAUAAAUAAUAAACAAUAACAUUCCAGCUAACAAUGUGGAUGUAUUUUAAUUGACAAAGCCAUGAAUACAAAUGCAAUUUUGCAGUAGAAGUUAAGUUCAUCAUUACUCAGAUUUAACUUUGCUGGUGUAUUUUGUAUUUCUUUGAGUUGUGAAACAGCAAAGAGCACUAAAAUACUUUACUAGUUUCAUAGAUUGUAUGUAUACAAAGUAAAGAACAUAUUUUUAAUGUUGACAAAACGAAAAUAAAUACAAAAAAAAAACAAACAAACAAACAAUUUACUUGGGACAUUCUCAUUACUGGGUUAACAAAUGACUCAGCAGUAGAAUGCAGGACUUAUUUGUGUAUGGUGCCAGUUUCAAGUCCUCUCUACACAUUUUUGGCCAUGGAUAGCAACAUAUGUUAUCCCAAAUUCUCUUGAAAUCCAUUCAGUUGACCUACACCUACCCAACUGUGUAUACCAUCAAUGCACUCUAAAUACACUCUGCCAAAUAUUAAAUUAUAUUUGACUCUGAAUGAAGAAUCAGUAGUCAGCUAUAUCUCAAAACAUGUUAGUUAUGAAAGAAAUAAUAAAGGAGAUAAAUUAUAUGUUAUAUAAGGAGAUAUCAUAUAAUAAGAGAUAUUAAAUCUGCUUUAUAUUAUUAUGCAUAUAUGUUAAUAAACAUAUAUAUUUAUGUUAAUAAACAUAUAUAUAUGUGUAUAAUAACAUACUGUUAUUAAGCAUAUAUGUUUUAUUAGAAUCCAUCUGGAAUAUAUCUUAGUAAAACUUGGGCAUAAUAAACAUAAAAUAUCUCUGAAAUAUUAAGGCUUUCUAAAAUUUCAUCAUGGAAGAAAGAAAUUAGUAAGAUAUUACUGAACAAAGCAGUUGACAAUUCUGUAAAGUUUUGAUGUUGAUUCUAAAGCAUAUUAUAAAAUGCUUCAGUGAAAAUAAGGAUUAUUUCUGAAACCUUAUAAGACAAAAAUUAUCACUGAUUUCUCAGUAUUUUGUUCCAUUAUCAUAGUUCAAAUUCAAUUAGGGUUACUCAUAAUUUUUUUUUUAAUUUUUUCCACAAUCAUGCAUUUUGCUUGGGUUAUUUGAAAUUUUCCUAGGAUGCUAUGGAAUCAUUGGUCAUAACCAUAUAACUUUCUUUUCACAACUCAGAGUAUUUUAUUCAUUACUUAGUAGAAGUUUCUAGCUAUCAACAAAAAAUUAACUACCAUAAUACCAGCAAGAUUAAUUAAUUAAUUUAAUGGAAAAGAAUACCUUUAGCAUCAUGCCAACAAUUUCUCUAUUUGGUUUUUUGAUGUCAUAUACUUUAUCUUCAGACAUAUCAGGGAUUAUCAAAUUGUCAUAUCAAUAUUAUUAUUAUUAUUAUUAUUAUUAUUAUUAUUAUUAUUUGGGAGACCUAUUUAUUCUGCUGUCCUUAAAUUUUACUUAUAUAUUUUUCUUUUGAAAUGAUCAGUAAUGAAACAAGAUUAUUUCUUAUCAGUUAUGAGGCUAAUAAACAUUAUUAAUAGCAUUUAUUCUGAUUGUACUUUUGUAUUAACAGCAGACAUAGGUCCUAUAUUGCUGGUUAAUUAAUCUGACAAUCAUUUACACCCCUCAACCAGUCCAUGUUUUUCUUUGCCAUUCUAUAUGAAAAUGAUUGUAUUUAACACCUGUGGAGAUUCUUGCAAUGUGAAAGAGUAGGAAAACUAGGAAAGACAACUAUGCCCACUUAAUGUCCAAAGGAAUCAUAAUUUGAGCUAAAAUGAAUUUGUAGAGAAUUAAGUAACCAGUUUAGUUUGGUCUGUGUCGUAUAUCUAUUAUAUGCUAUUGUUUUACAAUUUAUAAAUGAUUUCUGAGCAUCUUUUGUAAGAAAUAUUUAUAAAUUUAUUAUACUUAUAUACUGUAAUAUUAUUUUCUUUUCAUAACUAUUGUUUUGUUUCAAUCAUGUUUUGUUUCAAAUUCAUUUUUAUUUAUUUACAUCAUCAUUUUCUAUCAUUGGUAAAUAUAUAUUUUUAAAUGACUUACUUUCCUGAAACAUUUUCAAUGUAAUCAUAUAAACAAACAAAGCAAAACAAAACAAAAAUAAAAAAUGGAAAGAAAUGCAUUAAGAAAAAAGUUAAACCUAAAAAAUAUAAAGCAAUGAAAAGAUGAACAGUAAUAUGACAAUAAUAAUUUAAAUUGUUAUUUAAAUGUCCCUGUUAAUUUUGUCUAUAGAAGUAUGCUGCUGAAAUCAUAACCAGUGAAACCUUAUCAUUGGUUUUUUUAAUCUUUUGUUAUAUGUUACAUUAAAUAUUACAUUUGGUAUAGUUUGGGUUUUAUUCUGUUCCUGAAAAAAUGUUGUAAAAAACGUGUUAUGAAACUGUUAAUUUUGAUCUAAUUGUUGAUAUGAUCUAAUUUUCUUCAAUAAAAAAAAAGGAAAAAUGACAAAAACAAAUUGAUGUUUGCUUGAGAUUCUUACGUUAGAUAUUUAAAAUGGAAGCUCAAGAUAUUUAUUUCUCUGUUAGCAUUUGUUCUCUAUAAGCCUGGUCAUUAGUCUCUUAAAAUUAGUGUUGUAAUACAUACCUUAAUAUCUGCUUCUCUUUGGACUAACAAUUGAUAUUUCUUAGUACUUUAAAAUAAUUAGUUGGUAAUUUUAUUCAAAAGAAAUUUUAAAAUUUAACAGUCUUGUUUCUAUUAGCUAAUAGCAUCAUGUAAAUAAUUUUUAAGUUUCUAAUUAAAUAUUUUUUUAAUCGUAAAAAUAAAAUGUUCUUAUUUGAUCAACAUAAAUUUUUCAUUUGCAUUUUUCAUGAGAAUUAAGAGAUACAUUAUACAAACUGUUUUGUAAAUAUUUUUCAAAACCAAAUUUGUCUAUUCUGUAACUUUACAAAUUUCCUUGUUAUGCUAAAGAUAUUAAUGGUAAAUUAAAAGAAAAAAAAAUAAAGAAAAAUUGCUCAAGCAGCUAAUUACUUUAAGAAAUAGAACAUAUAUUUAUAAUGCAUUUUUAGUCACUUUUUAAAAAAUACUUGUUAGAUCACAUUGUUCAAUCAAAUCUAUUAACUAAUUAUUAUAUGAAAGAUUUUGGACACUAAAUCCUUAAAAUAUUUUUUCUUAAAAAAUUUUUAACUUUGCUAUUUUGUGUCAAUUUAUAAGGUUGAUGUAAAGUACCUAUUAAUUUAUUACAAUAAGAAUGCAGGUUAAAGAUUCUUUCAAAAAUGGUAUUAAACAGGACAACAAAUGUAAUUUGGUUUUGUUACUGUCACCAUUUAGAAAUUAUGAUAGCUAUCUGUAAAGUAAUGCCUCUGACUUCUGUGAAGCUGGAAUAGAAGACACUACAUAAAGUGUUGUCAGUCUAUUCAGAAAGCAACUGUGACAUUCAUUCUUUGUUGUUGUUGUUGCAAGUGGGACUUGAUUGAGUAUUUUUAUAUCAUUUAAAACAAUAUGAUGAAAUUAAAUUUUUUUUUUGCCUGGAAACUACAUGUCCAUUGAAAUAUCAUAAAUUAACAUUUAUAUGCAGUAUAUGGGGAAGAGAGAAUAGUCAUUUACAACAUAUGAAGACGAGUGUGUGUAAGAAUUUUUUAUUGUAUAAGUGCAGUCAAUUAGGUAUUUCAUAGCAACAAAAAAUUGGAGAGCUUUUAAAUAGUAGCAGAUGACAAACAUCAAUAUUUAGUUCAUAAAUUAAUUUUCAAAUUAAGUAAUAUGAGAAAGUAUUCAAGCACAGACUAUCGAAAAAUGGUCUAAUGUAUCAAAUGUUAUGAGCACUGUUGGUGGCAAGCUGAGGAAAUUUUAGAUGUGUAUCAUAUUGUUUAAAUGAUAAUUAUUAUAAAGGAAGUUGUGAUGUUAAGUAUAAAACGUUCACGUUAUGAAAUUUAAAUCCAUCAUCAUGAUUCAAAAGAGCAGUGCCAUUCAAUAAAAGACUGACUGAAAGAGUCAUCAUGUGUAGAGAAAUGCAAUAUGCAGUUGUUUGCAGGAAAUCUGAUGCUCAUAGGAAAAAGUUACAAAAUAUUCAAUGCAAAUACUUAAAUAUAUGCAAAAUUCUUAGAAGAGCGUUUCACAUGCAAUAAUAUUGUGUUGUAUGGAGAAACACUAAGCUACAGACAAAAAAUUACACUGCAUUGUAUCUAAUUAGUAACAUUUCCAUUUUUACCUCAACAAUACAUGACCUCACUGCAAUUCAAAGAUAUCGAAGUAGACUGACUGCUUGAAACUUGAAGUUGUGUCACAUGAUACUUAUAACCUAUAUCUGAUUCUAUCUUGCAAAUUAUUUUUUUCUGUCCAAAGAAUUUGAAUCUUUACUCUGACCAUAAUGCCUAAAGGCAACUUUGCAACAACAAAUGAAUUCUCUUCAAACCUUUUGUCUGUCAUCGAUAUUAUAUCAAUUUAAGUUUAUAUUAUAGGAGGCACUACUUUUCAAUCUGCUGUCAUGUAUUAGGUUAUCUCAUCAGUAAUGUACUUUUAAAUAUAUUUUGUAUGUUGAAACUAUAAUUAUAUUUUGAAAAUAGCUUUUUACUUUCAGUUUCGAGCAAUUAUAUAUUUUCAUUUAUUUUCUGUAAUUUUUUUCCAUCUUAUUUCCAACUUUUUGGAAACUAUUGAAAAUGCAUUUAGCUUUGAUUUGAAAAAAAUUCAAACACUUGAAUUAUUUUGUAUCUAAAUAAGUUGGAAUUUAUGAAAAUAGAUGUUAAUCAACUAGGGCAAAAUCCAAUGAAUAUAUAAAAUGGAUUAAUGGACUAUAUUUUUCUUAGCUUAUUGUGUCUAUUUUAAUAUUGUCAUCAAUAUGGAGCAAACAUGCUUUGCCAAGACUAAUGUGAAUAGCCCCUUCUCUUCAUCAAAUAUUGAAUUGUUUUCUUUUGAUAAAUAUUAUAUUUAUCUUAUGAAUUAAAUAAAUUGUGUGAGUAUGUGUGUGAGUAUAUGUGUGUAAGUUCUCUUUUUAUUGGUUACUGGUUGAACUCCCAGAGCUGAAACUUUGUAUCUAAGUAUAAUGUGACAGUGGGUAUUAAUAAAAUGCUCAGAUUAUCAAUUUUACUUAAAUUACAAAAGAAAAAAAAAUUCAAAUGGGAAACUGUGGCUAUGUAAGUUAAGCUGGCUCUAGAUUUGAAA